AUGGUCAUUAAGGGCAUAAUGUUGGGCCAUAAAGUUUCCAAGGCAGGUCUAAAGGUGGAUCAGGCAAAAAUUGAUGCAAUUGCCAAACUACCAGCACCGGUGAAUGUUAAGAUGUUAAAAAGCUUUUUAGGCCACACAGGAUUCUACAAGAGAUUCAUCAAAUGUUUCUCCCAAAUUUUUCGACCUUUAAGCAUUCUCCUUGAAGUGGAUAGUCCUUAUGAUUUUGACAAUGCUUGCAUUCGUGUGUUCAACAUGCUAAGGGAUGCGCUAAUCUCUAUGCCCAUCCUGGUGGCACUGGAUUGGACGCAACCAUUUGAACUCAUGUGCGAUACAAUCAACUACACAGUAGGAGCAGUGCUGGGUUAG